GAAGAAGGACCCGGAUGUGCAACGCGAAGACGCGAACACCCGAACUAACAAAUCGCUUCGUCGUCGUAUUAUGUUCGAUAUGUGAAUUAGAAUCUUCAUUUUAUGCUCGGCGCUUUCUUAUUGUUUGGUAUAAAUGUGUGAGACGAAUGAAACAGUCAGCUAAUAGCCGCGAGUAAGCCACUGCGAGCUAGUUUUAGAUUGUUUUUAGCUAGCUAGCUUUAGCUUGUUUUAGCUAGUUAGCUUCGGAAGCUAACAACAACAACAUGAGCGACGACGACAGCCCCACACCGACGCCGACGCCGACACCGAGCAGCAAAGACUCCGCGAUCCUGCUGACUAAAGACGGCCAGCGCUACAUCGUGGGCGACAGCCGCUCGGUCGACAGCCGAGACGUGAUCACCCUGAUCCCCAUGGACGCGGACAUGGACGACGCGGACGAGGAGAGCGACGUGCUGGACAGCUCGGACCCCCGGGACAGCGCCGCCAGCCCCGAGGAGAUGAUGGACGAGGACGGCCUGGAGGGCGACGGUCACGUCCCCAAGCAGUGCACCUACGACGGCUGCACGGAGACCACCACGCAGGUGGCCAAGCAGAGGAAGCCGUGGAUGUGCAAGAAGCACCGCAACAAGAUGUACAAAGACAAGUACAAGAAGAAGAAGAGCGACCAGGCCAUGUCCAGCAGCAAACUAGACGACAAUCCAGAGGAAAGACCCGUGUCGGUCAACAAGCAGCGUCUGGGGGCCGUGGGGGACCGGCCGGCCAGACCCUCCCUCAUCGAGCAGGUCCUCAACCAGAAAAGACUGUCCCUGCUGAGGAGUCCCGAGGUGAUCGGCUUCCUGCAGCGCCAGCAGCAGCUCCUGGCCGCACAGAACCGCACCAUGGCACAGCAGCAGAACUUUCCGGGCUGCUGACAGGUCGCCCGCGUGGACGCGUAAGCUUCUGACACUUAAUAUUUAUCUGUAUUUAUUGACAAAGAUUUGACAUGUACGCAGUGGUCAUCAGUAACCUUUUUCAAAGCUAAAUGUUUGAUUUGCACUACCAGAAAGGAAAUGUUACACAACUCUUAUUGUGUGAGUGAAAUGAAAUGAUUGUGAAGCCAUUUGAGGAAACUUUAAUAGAGAAUAAACAACACAUCAUCCAAACGUUGGUCAGUAAGUUUAAAUAGAAUAAUAACAUUAUCACACACAAAGUGCCAUGACCACCAGCUAAAUGAGAUUCAGUCUCACAAGUAAACAAGAGGUUUUGGAACGUGGUAAGAGGCCGUGCUAGGACACGGAGGAAAUGGGGUUGUGCGGCGAGCCCAUCUGGGUCAGGACCUUGUCCAGCCACUGCAGGGGCCCGUGCAGGUGCACCUCGAUCCAGCAGGGGGUGCUGGUCACGUCCUGCCGGUGGUACUCUGCCCCCCAACCCUGCAGACACCAGGUUGUUCUUGCAUAAACACUUCUAUUUGCCAACAAUAUGUUCAGUAUCCUGUGGCAAACACCAAAAUAUAUACAAAAUGAAGUUGGUAAUCUGACCAUAGAAAGAACAAUGCAUGAUAAUAAUUAUUACUAAUCUUUUCCCCAACUCAUUAACAUUUAAUAUAUGCGAAUCUCUCAAAAUAAAACGGAUAUAAAAUGAAUAAAAGUGACUUAAUCGGAUCAAAUCGAGCCAUUUUCUACCGCUUGUACCCUUUGGGGUCACAGGGGGUGAGCCUAUCUCAGCUGCAUUCGGGCGGAAGGCGGGGUACAGCCUGGACAAGUGGCCACCUCAUCACAGGGCCAACACAGAUAGACGGACAACAUUCACACACUAGGGACCAUUUAGUGUUGCCAAUCAACCUAUCCCAAGGUGCAUGUUUUUGGAGGUGGGAGGGGCCUAUCCCCAGGUGCAUGUCUUUGGAGGUGGGAGGGGCCUAUCCCCAGGUGCAUGUCUUUGGAGGUGGGAGGAAGCUGGAGUACCUGGAGGGAACCCACGCAGUCACAGGGAGAACAUGCAAACUCCACAUAGAAAGACCACGAGCCCAGGGAUCAAACCCAAGACCUUUGUAAUGUGAGGCAUGUGCACUAACCACUGUCCCACCGUGCUGCCGUUGUAACAAUAAACGGUAUAAGGAUAAUUCGUGAUAAAAUUCCAGACGGGUGGUAAUAAGUCUAAUUUUUUAAUUACCAAAAAAAAACGUAAUUUAUUAAUGCGUUUUCGGCAACAGGAAUUCAGGCACAUGCGCACUAGCGUCAAUUGCUUGAUCGUCAUGGCGGACUAAGGACACGCAUUUUCCUGAGGAGAUUUCCCCUCAAAGUAAACGGAGCCAAGCGCUUGGUUUAACCUCAUUUUCUCUCGCUUCCUGCACUUAAGAGCGCACUGCUGGGUUUAGAUGGAGACAGGUGUGGACAAUAUUGGAGACACAUUGUCCCACACUAAAAGUACACAGCGAAGGAGAAAACUAAUUGAUGUUUUGCAGCAGGUGAUGUGUCGUGAACGUUGUCACAACUUGUUUAUAAAGUCUUUAUAACACCCGGGUUCGAGUCCCACAAGUCCCGGGAUGCCCAAAAUGUCCAAAACGCGCCCAGCCAAGUCGCACUGGAAGGUGGGGAGAAAAGUGAGAAAAGUCGGCAAAAGUCCCAAAAAUGUUCCAAAACCACACCCGGGUUCGAGUCCCACAAGUCCUUUACAUUGUUGACUGGGAUGUUCACUCAUUUUAUUUAACUGCAAACUGUAUCAGUGUUCAAAUAACAUCAAUACGAGCUCAAAUGUUUUGUCAUCUCAUCAAACUGAACGCAGACUGUGAAGGGUGGACUUGUUGGACAGGAAGAUAUUCAACAGGAACACCUUGAAACUUAGUUACAGCUGCAUGAUGAAUAUCAAACAAGCCAUUGACUCACACAACAAAAAGAUUCUGAGCACACACAGACAAGCAAUCGCUAACGACUAACUCCACAGAUAACUGCAAUUGCAGACAAAAGCUUAACUGCCCACUUGACGUAACUGUUUAAAAACAUCAGUUGUUUACCCGCAAGGACAACUCCAACACAGAGACAUACUUUGGACUCACAGAAAACACCUUUAAAACCAUUAUUACAAUCAUACAGCAGCAUAACGUAGGCCCCAACUCUAGAACUGUACAGAGCUGAGUAAAUACAUAUGGACUCUUUAAAGACAAUAACAUUGAUUACGCUAUUACAUUGUCGCAUUUAGCUCACCAUACAACUGCAGCUAAAAGAUGUAACCUGUGCCUGAAAUAAAAUGUUUUGAAUUAUAUACCAGCAUGUCCACUUUAAACAAACGCAACGAACUGGUCUCAUCAUGCUGGCACAGAAGCAAGGCAUUACUGUGUAACAAUGGCCACACCCCCCUGUAAUGUACCCUAUAUAUAUAUAUAUAUGUAACACCCACAGACACUUCAAUAAAAUCCCCUGAAGAGCAGGGAAACCUGCGAAACA